AUGAUACAUUUGUCCACAGAAGUUGAUAUGAAUGACUUCCAUCUCCACACGCCAGGUUAUAAAACGAAAUCAAAGAAUAGUCUAUCACAUGAAACGAUACUACCAUCGCACCACGUCUCACCGUCUAAUUCUGACGAUUUAUCAGACAGUAGAAAUACCCAUGCUACUUCUCCACCUUCAUUUGAUUACUACUUUGAUAACAAACAUAAAGAUGAGGGGGCAACCAACUUGUCGCCAAAAUUGAACGAUUUAUUAACAUUUUCUGAUAUCGUUGAGUCUGACCCAAUAUCGAUACCCAAGGAUUACGAGCACCCACACGAAAGUGACGCCAAGUGGCUCUUCAAAGGGUCUGAUAUCAACAAAUCGAUAACUCAACCUCAACUUGUUGCUUCACAGAAUAUACCACAAUCGAUACUACCUAAAGAACUAGAGGACACGCGGAAGGAGUCUAUCGUUAGUACCAGCGAUGUCCAGCAUACGCAUCAACCUCGUAAUGGACUACCAAGAUCAACAACUACUGAAUCAAUACAGAUGGAGCAAUCCAACGUCCACCAAAAGAGAGUUGUACAGAUCAAAAAUCUUGAAGAGCAAGCCACUAGCACAGCCGAGGGAGAAACAUACAAAAUUCUUUACUGCAUGUUAACGGGAAUCAGAGUUGCCGUGAGUUACAAAGCAAUGGGUGUCCGCAAGUUGACGUCUGCCGACUUCAACCAAGUACAAAAAUUUACAUUUCAAGACAAUGAUACCAUCACACCAGCCCUGAAUUAUGAUUUUCGUUUCUAUGAUUACGCCCCACAGGUAUUUCGUUGGCUUCGAGACCAAUUCAACAUUGACCAAGCAAACUAUCUUAUAUCCAUCACGGGCCAAUUAAUAGUGUCACAGAUUAAGUCGGAAGGUAAAUCAGGUUCUUUUUUUUACUUCAGCAAAGACAAAGUGUACCUCAUCAAGACAUUAAGGUACAACGAAUUCAAGUUUUUGCAAAAGAUAUUGGAGUCAUAUGUUGAUCAUGUGGGCAAAAACAAUAAUACAUUAAUUAGUCAAUUUUAUGGCUUGCAUCGGGUCAAAGUGAGAUCAAGUAAAGGCAAGUCAAAGACCCACCACUUUGUGAUUAUGAAUAAUCUUUUCCCGCCCAACGCUAUAUUGAUCCAGACUUAUGACCUAAAAGGAAGCACUGCGGGGAGAUAUACGCAAGUUACAAAGGGGAAGAAAAGCCAUACACUAAAAGACAAGAACUUUUUAGAGUCGAAGGUGAAGAUAAAAUUUGGACCUGAUAACCGAGAAGAGUUUUUCAAACAGUUGGAGUCGGAUGCUCACUUUUUGAUCAAGAAUGGCAUUAUGGAUUAUCUGUUACUUUUAGGCAUAUGCAAUUCUAAAACCGGACACAGUAAUCGAGAACAUAUGGAAGAGUCAACACCCAAGGAACGUUUAAAUUAUUUUUAUCAUCAGGAUGGUGGGAUACAAGCAACUAGUGAGAGCAAUCAACCAUUACCCGAGAUCUACUACCUUGGAAUUAUUGACUGUUUGACCUAUUAUUCGGUAAGGAAACGAUUGGAGACAUUUUUCAGAACUUUUGGACAAUCUAGGAGUGCCAUAUCGGCAGUGCCUCCCAAAGAGUAUGGAUUGAGGUUCCUCAAGUUUAUUAAAGAUGGUACCACACAAGACAAGCUUAAAUGGCAAUGA